AUGGACCAAAGACAAAAUGACAAUCCCCCAGGGUGCAAGAAAGACAGUACACCAGAAAUAAAAAAAGAUGACCAUGUGGAAAUUAUUAAAAUUUUAAACUCAACCAUUAAAGAGUUUCAAAAAAAUUUUGGACAAUUAAAUAAGCAUUAUUCGAUAAAAGAUUUGGAAAGUGUGUUAAACCCUGUGCAGUAUGCUGAAUACAAUUCAUUUCUUGCCUACUCCAUUUGUUCUAUUUUUCAUUCCUAUUUGAAAAUAUCGGGCGACUUUCUCAGUAACCAUCCCAUUAAAAAUGAAUUAAAAAAGGUACAAUUAUUGAUGAAAGAAAUAAAGGAAAAAAACCAAGAAAAUGAAGAUAAAAGAUAUCUCACAAUUAAUAAGGAAGCCUCGAAAAGGAUAAUUGAUUCGUGCAUUUCGUACAAUAAAGAUUUAAAAAAAAGAAAACAUUUUAAAUGA